AUGGAGAGCCCGGCGGUGACCUUCACGCUGGCCUACCUGGUGUUUGCCGUCUGCUUCGUCUUCCCGCCCGACGAGGUGCGCUCGGCGGGGCUGACGGUGCAGAGCCUGCUGGCCGCCUGGCUGGGCAGCGAGGACGCGGCCUUCGUGCAGUACCACCUGCGGCGCAGCACCGGCACGCUGCUGGCUCACUCCCUCCUGCCCCUGGGUUAUUACCUUGGUAUGUGCUUUGCUGCACCUGAAAAACAUCUUUGUUUUUUCUACCUGGCUUCAAAAGGAUGGAAAACUUUCUUCUUCUUCGCUGUUCUCUUUCCAGCAGUCACCAGCGCCCUGGCAUAUUACUGGUCACGGAAAGGUUGGAAUAAUCAUCCGUUAGCCCGAACACUCGCUGUUCAUGCUCUCCCACAGUCAGGUUGGAGGGCAGUAGCUUCUUCCAUCAAUACAGAAUUUAGGAGAAUCGACAAAUUUGCUACCGGAGCACCAGGAGCGAGGGUUAUUGUUACAGACACGUGGGUGAUUAAAGUGACCACCUACUGUUUACACGUUGCUCAGCAGCAGGACAUUCAUCUGACAGUGACAGACUCCAGACAGCAUGAACUCACCCCAGACUCAAAUAUGCCUGUGCAGUUCCUCACCAUCCGUGUUGCCAGUAUUAAUCCCUACGUGAAGGCAUUUGAUAUACGGUUGAACUCUGCAGAGUAUGGGGAGCUCCGAGAAAAGCUCCGUGCUCCCAUCAGCAAUGCAGCUAAUGUUGUGAUCCAUCAAAGCCUUAGUGAUUUGUUUCUAGAAACCUUUACAUCUCUGGUGGAAAUUAACCAGACAUACCCUGUUCCAAGCACUCAGGAGCUGGAGCCAUGCAUAGGGUGUAUGCAGACUAUCGCUAACAUCAAGCUUAUCAAGAACUGCCAGGAGCCAAACGAAGGGGAAUGCCAGCAAUGCUACUGUCGUCCCAUGUGGUGCCUCACCUGCAUGGGCAAAUGGUUUGCCAGCCGACAGGAUCAGCAGCACCCAGAGACCUGGCUGUCGAGCCAAGUGCCUUGUCCGACUUGCCGAGCCAAAUUUUGCAUUUUAGAUGUUUGCAUAAUACGAUGAAUAAUACUUGGGUAUGUCUUAACUUUUUAAAUUUGAAUGUAUUUCAUAAUGGAUUUGGCUAAAAGGCCUGUUUGAUUUGUUUGAGACUUCACGUUCUACAGGGGUGCAGACUCCAAAGCUUUCUUUUACAGUGUUGAAAACAGCUGUAAAUCUUCUCAGUUCCUCUUAACUUUUACUGGUAUCUUUGGUUUUUAUUCACCAGAUGUCAGUUUCUGGAUUUUUUUUUUAACCCAUUAUUUUGCUUUCUUAUGUCUUUAAUGGAAUAAGGGCAUCCCUCUAUAUCUGCAGUACUAUUCAUUUUUCAAGUUUUAACGUAGGUUAAAUUCUUUAAAUUUUUAAAUGAACUUGGGGUUUGAUUCUAUAGUAAAGGGCUAACUGAGGCUACUUUGGUUAGACUUCACUGAUACUUUUGUUCUUCUUUAAUCCAUUUGUAAAGUUCUUACUAAUCUUUGCAAGUGUUCACCAAGCAAGUAUACCAGUUGUGUUCCUUCUCGUGGUCCCCUCCACUUAUAAAGGGGAUUGGUUUCUGUAGGCUAAGGAAUUUAAUCCCUGAAGAUGUACAACUCCUGUAGGGACCUUUUAUUUCAUUAAUCUGCCUCUAGCUUGUUUUUUGAUGGAUGUAUUUAUUUCAAACAACAGAAGGAUUCACAAACAUACCCCAUUUACCUACACUGCUAGUGCUAUACAUAGUUAACUCUGUUGGUUUCCAGAAGCUACAUUGCUUAGGUUUUCAAUGCUCUUUAGGGGAUGGAUUUUUUUUUAAUACAUUUGAAAGGAGCACAGCAAACAUCUGAACUGCCUAAUUACUCUGACAGAAUGCUUAACUAUUUCAAAGCCUGUGAGCUUUUUCCGAGGGUAACCUUUCCCCUGAAAGAGAUGCCAGGAUCACAAAGGUGUAAGUUGCCAUGCUCGAUGGCCCAAGAAUGACCAUCAUUAAUGGAAGUUUUUCAGGCUUGCACUUCAAAGAGUGAUCAUAAGCAGUAGUCACUGUUUAAAUAUUUAUAGGGUACUGAUGCACACUUCUUGAUCUGCAUCAGAAUAAUUUGUAAAUUAAAAUCAAAGCAAUUUCCAGACAUCUAAGAGAGCCCUACUCAUAGACCUAAAUGCAGUGCUUAGUGUUAUAGCUGUCCAUCACAUCCUUCAUUGAACAAUCAUUUGGCAUACUGCUUGGUGGAAAGCCUCAAGCUGCUGGACAAUGUGUGAGUUCUUACACUGACCUGUGCACUGCAGGGGCUGAGAUGCAGGUAUUUGCUUGCUUGGGUUGUUCAUUGUAGAGGGGUAGUAACCUCUGGCAAACAGGUGGGUCAAACAGCGAGAGAAAGCAAUAUUUUAAUGCUUUGGUCCAGGAAAAUAAAAGUCCUAAUACCUCCCACCUGUGUAAUCAGAAGGAUCUUACCAGUAAAUCACUAGCAUAGAUGACAUGCCAGUGGUUAACUGAAAACAUCUUGAUUACCAUGCUAGGGAGAACUGCUUUGAGCAGAAAUAGGUGGCAGGAUGUUAAAAACGGUACAAGUACUGGAAGCACAACCAUGAAAGAUUGCAUUAGUCUGAGCCUAGCUACAGGUUGCGUGGUGAAUGCACCACACUGCGCUUAGAGCCAGCCAGCCAGGAAGUGGUUACGAAUGUGGCUGCAAGCUGUAUUUUGGAGAAGGAUAAGGAAUUGAGAACAGAUUUGACAGCAUCAUUUGAGGACUAACGUAUAUGUUAUAUUGUUGGUGUUGGGUUUUUUGUUUGGGUUUUCUUAAUAACAUGCGCUGACAAAAGUCCAGACUAUUUGGGUUUAAGGACACUGAUUGCUUGAGCAAUAUGCUUGUUACAUAUACAACAUUUACUAUGCAAUUAUCUGUACUACCUAUUAAUAAGGGUGAUUUUUCUGCUUUUCAUUACCUGUUGUUUUGCAUUGUAUAGCGUGAAAAUUUGACACUGAGACUGGAUUAAUCUCUCUUUCCCAAAGAGAUCUUAAGAGGCAUCUGAAUAGGAUUAAAUUGAGUUCCUGAGUUUCAGUCAGAUUUGUUGACAAGUCUGAAAACUAAUAAAAAAUCAAGGAACUGAUCAAUGACUGAAUUUAAAACAUUUUCCAGUACUUCUGUGGGAAAGUUAUUUGGGAGUUUGAAAUGGUCUCUGCAGGAUUUUGUAACCUUUGGAAGAUUCUUACAGGGGCAGGUGGUGUCAUCUGACAUGCACCUCCCCACUGCACAGCAGCCUUUACAAAUAACCAUUUUGUACCAUUUACUUCUGGAAAGUUUACAUAACAUAGCACAGAUACAAGGGAUGCAGUCCUUGAAAUAGUUGCAGAAGAGAGGGUAGGAUUUUGGAGUUGUGGUUUUGCCACUGACAGACAUUCAAUUUCUACAGCUCUUUUCCUGUUAGGAAUAAAAAUAUUUAUUGUAAAGAUGGGUGAAGUUAACAUCCUAAAGGCCUUGAGAAACUUAGAUAGUAGAUAUAUGUAGUUGCAGAUGGUUUUAUACCAGAAAAACAGGUCAGUUGCCAAUAGCAUCUCAUGUAAUAAGAGCUUUAGUCUCCUCAUUGCCUGUGCGGUGGAGUUGUUCUUUAUAGAAAUCUACUUUGAAUUGAUUGGAAGUUUUCAUUUCAGUGGAAUUUUGCUUUUAUUAAUCUCAUUUCUUUUGCCAAUAUAAAAGUACAGCAAAGUAACAGUCAUAAAUGUAUAAUACUCUUGCAUCUUUUAAUGGUAGUACUCUAUCCACAGAAGUGCCUCUUAGAAAACUUAGUAAUAAUUACCAAAAUAAAAUUAUGAUUUAUGUUAAUAAUAGUGCCUGGCUUAAAUUCCUUUCAACACGCAUUUUUUUUUUCCAAGUUUAAAUUCUCAAAGUAAUCUGGCAUGCCUCCAGAGUUUGUAAGCUUCUUAAAGGCUGUGUUAGAGAACCAACUUGUUAAAAAUCCAUAUGACGUAUUCUUCUUAGAGACAGUAGAAGGAGAAACUGUGACCGUGAGUAUAAAAA